ACCAGCACAGCCCCGGUCAGGACCAAAGCACACCAGCAAGCCGCAUGGCUACAAAAUGCGGGAAGUGUGGACCCGGCUACCCUACCCCUCUGGAGGCCAUGAAAGGACCCAGGGAGGAGAUUGUCUACCUGCCCUGUAUUUACCGAAACACUGGCACUGAGGCCCCGGAUUAUCUGGCCACUGUGGACGUUGACCCCAAGUCUCCCCACUAUUGCCAGGUCAUCCACCGACUGCCCAUGCCAAACCUGAAGGAUGAGUUGCAUCACUCGGGAUGGAACACCUGCAGCAGCUGCUUCGGGGACAGCACCAAGUCACGCAACAAGCUGAUACUGCCCUGUCUCAUGUCCUCCCGUAUCUACGUGGUGGAUGUGGGCUCCGAUCCCCGGGCCCCGAAGCUACACAAGGUCAUUGAGGCUGAGGACAUCCAUGCCAAGUGUGGCCUGGGCUACAACCACACCAGCCACUGCCUGGCUAGUGGGGAGGUGAUGAUCAGCACCCUGGGAGACCCCAAGGGCAACGGCAAAGGGGGUUUCGUGCUGCUGGAUGGAGAGACGUUCGAGGUGAAGGGGACGUGGGAACGGCCUGGGGGAGCCGCACCUAUGGGCUAUGACUUCUGGUACCAGCCUCGACACAAUGUCAUGAUCAGCACUGAAUGGGCGGCUCCUAAUGUCUUUGGAGAUGGCUUCAACCCUGCUCACGUAGAGGCGGGGCUAUAUGGAAGCCACAUACACGUGUGGGACUGGCAGCGCCACGAGAUCGUGCAGACCCUGCCUCUGCAGGAUGGGCUCAUCCCCCUGGAGGUCCGCUUCCUGCACAACCCCGACGCAGCCCAGGGCUUCGUGGGCUGUGCCCUCAGCUCCACCAUCCAGCGCUUCUACAAGAAUCAGGGAGGUACAUGGUCAGUGGAGAAGGUGAUCCAGGUGCCCCCCAAGAAGGUGAAGGGCUGGCUGCUGCCUGAAAUGCCAAGCCUGAUCACGGACAUCCUGCUGUCCCUGGAUGACCGCUUCCUCUACUUCAGCAACUGGCUGCACGGGGACCUGCGGCAAUAUGACAUCUCUGACCCGCAAAGGCCCCGCCUCACGGGACAGCUCUUCCUUGGGGGCAGCAUUGUUAAGGGAGGGCCUGUGCAAGUGUUGGAGGACCAGGAGCUAAAAUCCCAGCCAGAGCCCCUGGUGGUCAAGGGGAAACGGGUACCUGGAGGCCCUCAGAUGAUCCAGCUUAGCCUAGAUGGGAAGCGUCUAUACGUCACCACGUCGCUGUACAGUGCCUGGGACAAGCAGUUUUACCCUGAUCUCAUCAGGGAAGGCUCCGUGAUGCUGCAGAUUGAUGUAGACACAAUAAAGGGAGGCCUGAAGUUGAACCCCAACUUCCUCGUGGACUUUGGGAAGGAGCCGCUAGGCCCAGCCCUGGCCCAUGAACUCCGCUACCCUGGGGGUGACUGCAGCUCUGACAUUUGGCUCUGAAGUCCACCCCUGGUAGCCAGUCCACAUCUGAGCCCUCACUUACGCAGAGACCUGGCUUCGCUCUGCUCCCUCUCGGCCCCCAACCCUUGGCAGAUUGUCCCACCAAAGCCAACCUGAGGCUGUUGGAAUAUAUUGAGUAGUGUCUUCAUUUACAGAUCACUGUUGCAUGUUGCUCACUGGCUGUUUUUACAUGAGCUCUUGGAAAUUACUUUAUCAAGAAAUAAA